UACAACUGUAUUUAAAGAGGGAGGCGUGCGGAGGCGUGGGGUCUCGUUGUACUGCCCAUCCCAAUCAACUGAUCGCCCGCAAAACGAGUAGCAGCUGCAGCAAGGCAGGCACGCCGGCCGGCCGCGCAGGUUGAUUCGCCGGACUCCCAAGCGCAGUUACUGAAUUUACACCAUGACUUCUCUGGAGACCGUGAGAGGAGAUCUUGCGCUGGUCAUUUUGUACCUGAACAAGGCUGAAGCAAGAGAUAAGAUCUGUAGAGCUAUACAGUAUGGAUCAAAGUUUCUGAGCAACGGACAACCAGGGCCCGCGCAGAAUGUUGACAAGUCAACUAGUUUAGCUCGGAAAGUUUUCAGGCUUUUUAAGUUUGUCAAUGACCUGCAUGCUCUAAUUAGUCCCCCUGCCAAAGGAACACCACUUCCACUGAUCUUACUCGGGAAGUCGAAGAAUGCAAUGCUGUCAACUUUCCUCUUCCUGGAUCAAAUUGUGUGGGCUGGGAGGACAGGAAUAUACAAGAACAAGGAGCGAGCGGAGUUCCUCAGCAGGAUAGCAUUCUAUUGCUUCCUCGGUUCUAACACCUGCACAACCAUUAUUGAGCUAGCUGAGCUCCAACGGUUGUCCAAGUCAAUGAAGAAGCUAGAGAAGGAGCUCAAGCACCAAGAGUUGUACAAGAAUGAGCAAUACCGGAUGAAGCUGCAGAAGUCAAAUGAGCGGCUUCUUGCUCUGAUCAAAUCCAGCCUCGACAUAGUUGUUGCGGUGGGGCUACUGCAGCUGGCUCCAAAGAAGGUGACCCCCCGCGUCACCGGGGCGUUUGGCUUUGCCAGCUCGCUGAUCGCGUGCUAUCAGUUGCUUCCAAGCCCAGCCAAGAGCAAGUGAUGUGAUGUGUAGGCGAGGAGGGCAGCUGGUGUAUCUGUCGCCUGCUGAUGGCAUCGUCGUCGUGGACAAGAAGAAAUAGUAAUUCCGGAUGGAUGGAAUAAGAAAUGGGGCGUCGUGGACAAGAACACUGCUUACCCUCUUCCUCUCCGUGUAGCAAAGCAGUCCUUUGUGGCUGAUGAUUACUGUACGAUCCGGUUUGUAAGAUUGGGGCGCAGUGACUUGUCAUGAAAUAAGAAAUAGCCGGUGUAAACGAUGCAUUUGAUGCCAACUGUGUAGCCUGUUUUUCGUGGAAGGCCUUUGUUACACUCACCGGAAGAA